UAGAGUAUACCUCCCACGGACCUUUUUGACCGCACCUAUUCCUUCCUCCCUGGAGAACUCAUUCCUUCUCCCCCACAUUUUCCUACAAAUCCUUUUCUGCAGAAUAAACAGAAAAGAUCAGAGAUCAUGUAUCGGCAAGUUUACCUAGCGAUGCCAAGAAGAUUGAUGGCGAACUUCGGGAAGAAACGGUUCAUUACGACAUCAUCAAUUAAGGCAAGUCCCUGGUUGCAUUUUUUCGGCUCUUUUUUCUCUACUCUUGUCAUUCAGCCGUGUUUGUUAGUUAAAAAAUCGUUCAGAAAUCAUAAAUGGCGUUAA